AUGCUUCUCCAAUUUUCUAAGCUCUCCAACAAUUUCCUGGACAUGACGCGCAUGUAUACAAGACAUAUACGCCUGAGGCUCCUCGACACCAGCGCACCAACGUCUGAACGGCGGUCGACAGACUCUCUUCCGAUCUCGCAAAGACACAACGCGAUCUUCAAGAGCGAGCUUAACAAGGCUAUAAGGUGGCUUGCUGCCAUGCUACCGCUGUACGACAACCUAGAAUCCUUCUUCUUGGGAAACUACCUCGAACCAAAAUCAUGGACUAUCAUCUCGCCAGAGACUUUCGAGACCAUUCUUGCGAGUCUUGCAGUAUAUCCUCUGGAUUAUGUUCAGAUUGAUAUGCCGGGAGCGCCGCGGGAAAAUAGAGAGUUAUUAGGUCACUCCAUGAUUUCCGACACCCACGGGUGUGAUAUCAUCCGACGCAAUUUCCCAAACACACGUGUCUUCCAUCUGAGGAUGAGAACAGUCUGUCCUACUGUCCUGGAUUUCUAUCGAAAGCGCCCACGUUUGGAGAUUUUCAAAAUGGCGCUGCAACUCGAGCCAGUCAAGCCACCUGGAAUUGAUCUAGAUGUUAGUGUCGUCAGCUGCCGGCAUGGCGAGCUUCUUGGGAGAGAGUUAGUGGCCGCUUUGGAGCCCGCAGCGAUCUCGUUGUUUUCUUCUGGCCAAACUCCGUACAUUCGGAGCCUUGAGUUCACUUUACCGGUUUUCAGAAAUGGGAAGGAACGGUCACAACCAGAGACGCAGACAUGUAGCAUUACUACCAAUGUAGCCAGCCAAUAA